GGAAUUUGGAACGUUCUGUUUACGGUGAAGGGACUGUUUCCGGCUUUGAUUGUUGCUGCGGUUUACCUUAUGGUUGUUUACUAGGCGAUCUUUAAUUGAAGUUUUGUUGUGAAUGGUCCAGGCCUCUCGGCCAACUCAGGAAUCUUCAACAUGGCUGUACCUGUACCAGUACCGAUCUUCCCAUACAGAGUUGGACCUCCUCCUAUCCCUAUGCCAAUACCAGCUCCCCCUCCUCCUCCUCCAAUACCAGACUACAUGAUGGAGGAAAAGUUACAGGAAAAGGCUCGGAAAUGGCAGCAGUUGCAGGCGAAACGUUAUGCUGAGAAAAGGAAGUUUGGAUUUGUAGAUGCUCAGAAAGAAGAUAUGCCUCCAGAGCAUGUCCGAAAAAUUAUUCGAGACCAUGGAGAUAUGACUAACAGGAAGUUUCGCCAUGAUAAGAGAGUCUAUUUGGGUGCAUUGAAGUAUAUGCCUCAUGCAGUGCUGAAGCUUCUUGAGAACAUGCCGAUGCCGUGGGAACAGAUUCGUGAUGUGCCAGUGUUGUACCACAUUACUGGUGCUAUUUCAUUUGUCAAUGAGAUUCCCUGGGUGAUUGAGCCUGUGUACAUCGCACAGUGGGGGACAAUGUGGAUUAUGAUGAGGCGUGAAAAGCGGGACAGACGGCACUUCAAAAGGAUGAGGUUUCCACCGUUUGAUGAUGAGGAGCCCCCGCUGGACUAUGCUGACAAUAUUUUGGAUGUGGAGCCUCUUGAGGCCAUCCAGAUGGAGCUGGAUCCAGAGGAGGAUGCCCCAGUCAUUGAGUGGCUCUACGAUCACCAGCCACUGAAAGACAAUAGAAACAGAUACGUGAAUGGCUUAACAUACCGCCGUUGGCAGUUUACUCUUCCUAUGAUGUCAACACUGUACCGACUAGCUAAUCAGCUUUUGACCGACUUGGUGGAUGGCAACUAUUUCUACCUGUUUGAUCUUAAAGCUUUCUUCACUUCAAAGGCUCUUAAUAUGGCAAUUCCUGGAGGCCCUAAGUUUGAGCCACUGGUUCGGGAUAUAAACCUCCAGUAUCACACCCCUAAUGUGGUGUUUAUUAAGACAGAAGAUCCGGAUCUGCCUGCUUUCUACUUUGAUCCUUUGAUCAAUCCCAUUUCACACAGGCACUCUGUUAAGAGCCAAGAACCUCUGCCUGAUGAUGACGAAGAGUUUGAGCUACCAGAUUGUGUGGAACCUUUCAUGAAGGACACCCCUCUCUACACAGAUAACACAGCUAAUGGAAUUGCUUUGCUGUGGUCACCCCGUCCUUUUAACUUGAGGUCUGGAAGGACAAGAAGGGCCAUUGACAUUCCCCUGGUUAAGAAUUGGUGUUCUGCUUUACUGGAACGCAAGAAGUCUCGAUUUGGAAAUGCCUUCCAUUUGUGUCGUGAGGUUUUACGUUUGACAAAACUGGUGGUGGAUAGCCAUGUACAGUACAGACUGGGAAAUGUUGAUGCAUUUCAGUUGGCAGAUGGCUUGCAGUAUAUAUUUGCCCACGUGGGUCAGCUCACAGGAAUGUACAGGUACAAAUACAAACUGAUGAGACAGAUUCGUAUGUGCAAGGACCUCAAACAUCUCAUUUACUACAGAUUUAACACUGGACCAGUGGGGAAAGGCCCUGGGUGUGGAUUUUGGGCACCGGGAUGGAGAGUCUGGCUUUUCUUCAUGAGAGGCAUCACCCCACUUCUAGAGAGAUGGCUUGGAAACCUGCUAGCCCGACAGUUCGAAGGUCGUCACUCAAAAGGGGUAGCUAAAACAGUUACGAAGCAGAGAGUAGAGUCUCAUUUUGAUCUGGAGCUGAGGGCAGCAGUCAUGCAUGACAUUCUGGACAUGAUGCCUGAAGGAAUCAAACAGAACAAGGCUAGAACCAUCCUGCAGCACCUGAGUGAGGCCUGGAGGUGCUGGAAGGCCAACAUCCCUUGGAAGGUGCCUGGUUUGCCAACUCCAGUUGAAAACAUGAUCCUCAGGUAUGUGAAGGCCAAAGCUGACUGGUGGACUAACACUGCCCACUACAACCGAGAGCGUAUUCGCCGUGGGGCUACUGUUGAUAAGACAGUGUGCAAGAAGAAUCUGGGUCGACUUACUCGACUCUAUUUGAAAGCAGAACAAGAGAGGCAGCACAACUACCUGAAGGACGGUCCCUACAUCACUGCAGAAGAAGCUGUGGCAGUCUACACAACCACUGUGCACUGGCUGGAGAGCAGGAGAUUCUCUCCCAUUCCAUUCCCUCCUCUGUCUUACAAGCAUGACACCAAGCUGCUUAUCCUGGCUUUGGAGAGGCUGAAGGAGGCUUACAGUGUCAAAUCUCGUCUGAACCAGUCCCAAAGAGAAGAAUUGGGCCUAAUUGAGCAGGCUUAUGACAACCCGCACGAGGCCCUGUCCAGGAUUAAACGUCACCUGCUCACACAGAGAGCUUUCAAAGAGGUGGGCAUUGAGUUCAUGGAUCUGUAUAGUCACCUUGUUCCUGUGUAUGACGUUGAACCCUUGGAGAAGAUUACAGAUGCCUACUUAGAUCAGUACCUUUGGUAUGAAGCAGACAAACGUAGGCUUUUUCCACCAUGGAUCAAGCCUUCAGAUACUGAGCCGCCCCCAUUGCUGGUGUAUAAGUGGUGUCAAGGUAUUAAUAACCUUCAAGAUGUUUGGGAGACAAGUGACGGAGAAUGUAAUGUUAUGCUGGAGUCACGGUUUGAGAAAAUGUAUGAAAAGAUUGAUUUGACACUUCUCAACAGGCUACUACGUCUCAUUGUUGACCACAACAUUGCCGAUUACAUGACGGCCAAAAAUAACGUUGUCAUCAACUACAAGGAUAUGAAUCACACCAACUCAUAUGGGAUUAUUAGAGGACUGCAGUUUGCUUCCUUCAUCGUGCAGUACUAUGGACUUGUUUUGGACCUUUUGGUGCUAGGUCUACAUAGAGCAAGUGAGAUGGCUGGACCACCUCAGAUGCCGAAUGAUUUCCUGAGUUUCCAGGACAUUGUUACAGAAACUGCCCAUCCGAUUAGACUGUACUGCAGAUAUAUUGACAGGAUCCAUAUAUUCUUCAGAUUUUCAGCAGAUGACGCAAGAGAUUUAAUCCAGCGAUACUUGACUGAACAUCCUGACCCAAACAAUGAGAAUAUAGUUGGAUAUAACAACAAGAAAUGCUGGCCUAGAGAUGCACGCAUGAGGCUAAUGAAGCAUGAUGUGAAUCUUGGACGAGCUGUGUUUUGGGACAUAAAGAACCGUCUGCCUCGCUCUGUCACAACAGUACAAUGGGAGAACAGUUUUGUGUCUGUGUACAGUAAAGACAACCCUAAUCUGUUGUUUAAUAUGUGUGGCUUUGAGUGCCGUAUUUUACCCAAGUGUCGCACCAGCUACGAGGAGUUCACUCACAAAGAUGGAGUGUGGAACCUACAGAAUGAGGUUACCAAAGAGCGUACAGCACAGUGCUUCUUAAGAGUGGAUGAUGAGUCUAUGCAGAGGUUCCAUAACAGAGUCCGACAAAUUCUUAUGGCAUCUGGAUCUACCACAUUCACCAAGAUUGUAAACAAAUGGAACACUGCCCUAAUUGGACUAAUGACCUAUUUUCGUGAAGCUGUUGUGAACACCCAAGAGUUACUGGACCUUUUGGUGAAAUGUGAAAACAAGAUCCAGACUAGAAUCAAAAUUGGACUGAACUCCAAAAUGCCUAGUAGAUUUCCACCUGUUGUGUUCUAUACCCCAAAGGAACUGGGAGGCCUAGGCAUGCUUUCUAUGGGUCACGUACUUAUCCCCCAGUCUGAUCUUAGGUGGUCAAAGCAAACAGAUGUAGGCAUCACCCAUUUCAGGUCUGGCAUGAGCCAUGAGGAAGACCAACUGAUUCCCAACUUGUACCGCUAUAUCCAACCAUGGGAAAGUGAGUUCAUUGAUUCUCAGAGAGUUUGGGCAGAGUAUGCCCUCAAGAGACAAGAAGCUAUUGCUCAAAACAGGCGCCUGACACUGGAAGAUCUGGAAGAUUCAUGGGAUAGAGGGAUUCCUCGUAUUAAUACUCUCUUUCAGAAGGAUCGUCAUACACUAGCGUAUGAUAAGGGUUGGAGAGUAAGGACAGACUUCAAACAAUAUCAGGUACUGAAGCAGAAUCCUUUCUGGUGGACCCAUCAGCGCCAUGACGGCAAGCUGUGGAACCUGAAUAACUAUCGCACGGACAUGAUACAGGCUUUGGGAGGUGUGGAAGGAAUACUGGAGCAUACCCUUUUCAAAGGAACCUACUUCCCCACCUGGGAAGGUCUAUUUUGGGAAAAGGCCAGCGGAUUUGAAGAGUCCAUGAAGUGGAAGAAGCUGACUAAUGCCCAGAGAUCAGGAUUGAAUCAGAUUCCUAACAGAAGAUUUACUCUUUGGUGGUCUCCGACUAUUAACAGAGCUAAUGUGUAUGUAGGCUUCCAGGUGCAACUGGAUCUAACAGGGAUUUUCAUGCAUGGUAAGAUCCCAACUCUCAAGAUCUCCCUUAUCCAGAUCUUCCGAGCUCAUUUGUGGCAGAAGAUACAUGAGAGUAUUGUUAUGGACUUGUGUCAGGUUUUUGAUCAGGAACUGGAUGCCCUUGAGAUUGAGACUGUACAGAAAGAAACUAUUCAUCCUAGGAAGUCCUACAAAAUGAACUCCUCUUGUGCAGAUAUUCUUCUUUUUGCAUCGUACAAGUGGAAUGUGUCUAGACCAUCUCUCCUGGCAGAUUCCAAGGAUGUGAUGGACAGCACAACCACCCAAAAGUAUUGGAUAGAUAUACAGUUGCGAUGGGGCGAUUAUGACUCGCAUGACAUUGAGAGAUAUGCUAGAGCAAAAUUCCUGGAUUAUACCACCGACAACAUGAGUAUCUACCCAUCUCCAACUGGAGUGCUUAUUGCCAUUGAUCUGGCAUACAACCUGCACAGUGCCUACGGUAAUUGGUUCCCUGGAAGUAAACCACUGAUCCAGCAAGCCAUGGCAAAAAUCAUGAAGGCCAAUCCAGCUUUGUAUGUCUUGAGGGAGCGUAUCCGCAAAGGCCUUCAGCUGUACUCUUCUGAACCUACUGAGCCUUAUCUGUCCUCCCAGAACUAUGGAGAACUCUUUUCCAACCAGAUUAUAUGGUUUGUGGAUGACACCAAUGUGUACAGAGUCACCAUUCACAAAACUUUUGAGGGUAACUUGACCACAAAGCCCAUUAAUGGAGCAAUUUUCAUCUUUAACCCUCGGACAGGCCAGCUGUUUCUGAAGAUUAUCCACACAUCUGUGUGGGCUGGGCAGAAACGUCUUGGACAGUUGGCAAAGUGGAAGACUGCUGAAGAAGUGGCUGCUUUGAUUAGGUCCCUACCAGUGGAAGAACAGCCUAAACAGAUCAUUGUUACAAGGAAGGGAAUGCUGGACCCUCUGGAGGUCCAUUUAUUGGAUUUCCCAAAUAUUGUCAUCAAGGGUUCUGAGCUGCAGCUACCAUUCCAGGCCUGUCUGAAGGUGGAGAAAUUUGGAGACCUGAUCCUGAAGGCUACAGAGCCCCAGAUGGUCCUCUUCAAUUUGUAUGAUGACUGGCUAAAGACCAUUUCCUCUUACACAGCUUUCUCUCGUCUGAUCCUGAUCCUUCGUGCUUUACAUGUGAACAAUGAUCGAGCCAAAGUGAUUUUGAAACCAGACAAAACCACCAUAACAGAGCCACAUCAUAUAUGGCCAACACUGACUGAUGAAGAGUGGAUCAAAGUUGAGGUUCAGCUCAAGGACCUUAUUCUGGCAGAUUAUGGCAAGAAAAACAAUGUCAAUGUGGCUUCUCUAACACAGUCGGAGAUUAGAGAUAUUAUCUUGGGUAUGGAAAUUUCUGCCCCUUCUCAGCAAAGGCAGCAGAUUGCAGAAAUUGAAAAACAAACAAAAGAACAGUCUCAACUGACAGCCACUCAGACUCGUACAGUGAAUAAACAUGGAGAUGAAAUAAUCACUUCAACCACCAGCAACUAUGAGACCCAGACAUUCUCCUCUAAAACAGAAUGGAGAGUAAGAGCAAUUUCUGCUGCAAAUCUUCAUCUGCGUACCAACCACAUUUAUGUCUCAUCUGAUGAUAUCAAAGAAACUGGUUAUACUUACAUUUUACCCAAGAAUGUGCUAAAAAAAUUCAUCUGCAUCUCUGAUCUUCGAGCCCAGAUUGCUGGUUAUUUGUAUGGUGUGAGCCCUCCAGAUAAUCCACAGGUGAAGGAAAUUCGGUGCAUUGUGAUGGUGCCUCAGUGGGGAACCCAUCAGACAGUUCACCUCCCUAUGCAGCUUCCACAGCACGAGUAUCUAAAGGAAAUGGAACCGCUGGGUUGGAUACACACACAGCCAAAUGAGUCACCCCAGCUGUCUCCGCAGGAUGUCACUUCCCAUGCCAAAAUCAUGGCGGACAACCCUUCCUGGGAUGGAGAGAAGACAAUCAUUAUCACAUGCAGCUUUACCCCAGGAUCCUGUACUUUGACAGCAUACAAGCUGACACCUAGUGGUUACGAGUGGGGCAGACAAAAUACAGAUAAAGGCAAUAAUCCAAAAGGAUACCUUCCAUCCCACUAUGAAAGGGUGCAAAUGCUGCUAUCCGAUAGAUUUCUUGGGUUCUUUAUGGUACCAGCCCAAGCUUCUUGGAACUACAACUUCAUGGAAGCUUGUAACUUGAGGGACAAAUCUGAACAGCUGUUGUGUAAAGAGACAAGUACACAUUUUAAUAUUUUGUAUUUGCAGCGGUAUUUGGAUUUGGAUAUUUCUCUGAGGGGCCUGAGGGUAUCUAAGUCUCCAACUACGCCUUUUGAUCUUAAAAGCCCUGAGGAUUUGUUUUUUUGGAAAAGGUGA